AUGUAUUUGAGUGAAAAAUGACUUAAUCAAAGAGCAAAAAAGAGACAACUAAAAAGACAGAUUUCAUAAUUUGUCACUCAUUUAAUCUGACAUUUAUAAUAUAAAUCAACAAACACUAUAUCCAAAAGAAAUUGAUGAAAUCAACAUUUCUUAUUUAUUGUACAGUUUUGUAUUCGUGUAAUAAAAUUCAGUGAAUAUUUUUUCAAUGGCAGCUAUUUUGUAGAUGUCACUCGCUUCGUCUUUCAUUACGACGUUUUACUAUCAUGGCGGCUGCCGUCGGUAGAAUUUGUGGGGCACGACUUUUCAGAAAUACUGGCAUAGUUGGCCCCCAGGUAUGUCAGCUGUCCACUAGUGCUCAAGGAUGGACAAGAAAUAGAAAAUUGUUACUUUCUACAUUGGGUGUUGUGGGAGGUGGAGUAGGAGCCCUGCUCUUUGCUCUAGAACAGUCUGUGCAGGCAUCUGGCAGUGAAGCACACCCCCCUCACCAACCAUGGAGUCAUGAUGGCUGGUUUAAAUCUCUGGACCAUGCCAGUAUCCGACGUGGUUAUGAGGUCUACAAACAGGUGUGCAAGGCGUGUCACUCACUGCAGUACAUUGCCUUCCGAAACUUGGUUAAUGUCAGUCACACUGAAGAAGAAGCCAAGGCUGAGGCGGCAGAGGUAAUGAUAAAAGAUGGCCCAGAUGAAGAAGGAAACUUCUUCGAAAGGCCUGGCAAACUCUCUGACUACUUCCCGUCGCCAUACCCUAACGAAAAUGCUGCUAGAGCAGCAAACAAUGGUGCGUACCCACCGGAUUUGUCGCUGAUAUGUUCGGGCCGUAAGGGUGGCGAGGAUUACAUCUUCGCGCUGCUCACCGGCUACAUGGACCCACCCGCUGGCGUUACACUGCGAGAAGGACAGAAUUACAAUCCUUACUUCCCAGGAGGAGCCAUUUCUAUGGCACAAUCACUCUUUGACGAGGCGGCUGAGUACAGCGACGGCACGCCGCCGACGGCAUCUCAGUUGGCCAAGGACGUGGCCACUUUUCUCCGAUGGUGCUCGGAACCAGAGCUGGACGACAGACGACUGAUGAUGAUCAAGGUCAUCGGCAUGUUCUCCUUGCUGUCAGCCGUCGUAUACUACUUCAAACGACACAAGUGGGCGACGCUCAAGUCGAGAAAAUUAGCCUACAAACCCGUUUCUAAGAAAUAAACGCAGCCAUCAAAAAUUGUAGAAUAAACAAAACGUUUUUUAGACAUUUUUUUUCGAUAGGCACAGUAUGUUAUUUGUUUAUAAUUAAAUUAAUUUAUUUUAUACACCACGCGUUUACUUCUAACUUCGAGUUCUGGAAUCGUGUUGUAAACUGUUACCGAACAUACUGUAAGAUUUGUUUUCGUUCAAUUAAAACUAUGGGCGAUGCAUAUUUGCUAAUGUAUUUACUGAUUAUAGCGCAAUUUUUAGCUCUGUGCGACUGAUAAUAACUGCACAGUUAAGUUAAUAACUUAGGUGGUCUAAUGUUAACUGUGCUUGUGAUGUUCCAUGAAAGAUAAACUGUGAAUCAGUGUACAGUUGAAUAAAUGAGUUAUGAAUAA